UAUGGACGCCCUACUAAUGAUGAACAGUAGGCACUCUGCUCUGAUUACAGAACAACGAACAAUUUCCUAUACUUUAAUCAUUUCACAAUAUAUACUGGUGCUAAAAAGAUCACAUCGUGUGGUAUCAUGUUUCAACCAGAGAAACUGUGUUGUGGUGCGGUUUUGAUUCUGGCUUGUUUAUCCUUCGCAGACACACAAUUAUGUACUGAAAGGCAAACUUUCAUGCGAUGGGUUCCAGAAACGUACAUACGCUCGUACAAAGAGACCUAUCAGGGUAACUGUUGGUAUAGAUGUACUAAGACCAGAUGGCGCUCAUAUGUCGACCAGAGAAUAGUACCGAGACAAGUCGUGGAAAAUAAAGACGUAUGCUGCCCUGGUUACAUGAAGGAUGACACAUCGGUUCUGCUUAAAUGUAAUCCGAUCUGCAGACCAACUUGUAAAAACGGAUAUUGCAAGAGCCCGAGUCAAUGCGCUUGCAACGAGGGAUACGAACUUGAUCAGGAUAAUCCACACAACUGUUUACCAAUUUGUAAUAAGAGUUGCGGCCAUGGCACUUGUGUAGAACCAGAAGUAUGUGAUUGCAAUUUUGGUUACACAUUCGCUAAUUCAACGUGUCAAGCUAUUUGCACCGAAGCUUGUGUAAACGGUACCUGUGUGGCUCCGGAUACUUGCGAGUGCUUUACCGGCUAUAGGAAAACUGAAAGCAAUCUCUGUUUACCAUAUUGCUCAAAUGGAUGUCCUCAUGGGACAUGUGUCGCUCCAGAAAACUGCACUUGCGAUGAUGGCUGGUAUAAAGAUAGUUCAGAUGAUUGUGUACCACGCUGUGACAUUAACUGUGGUGGGGGCUAUUGCAUUGCACCUAAUGUUUGCGAAUGUGAUACAGGAUAUGAAAAAUCUCAUAAUGGCACAUGUUUACCUACGUGCUCUAAAGAAUGUCUGCACGGAUAUUGUGCGGCACCUGAAAAUUGUCUAUGUGAUGAUAGGUGGGAAAAAAAUGAAAAUGGUGACUGCACACCCAUUUGUGAUAUUGACUGUGGUGUGGGAGGAACCUGCGUCGAGCCCAAUAUUUGUGAAUGUGAAUCUGGUUAUAGAAAAACUCUAAAUGGGACGUGCGUCCCUCGAUGUUUCAAUGAUUGCCCUAACGGUACCUGCGUAAGUCCUGAGGUGUGCCAAUGUAAUGACGGUUGGAAUAAAACCCAAUUAGGUGUUUGUGAACCGUAUUGUAACAGUGGUUGUGUUUUUGGUACCUGUAUCGAACCAGAUGUUUGCCGAUGUAACACUGGCUAUAAAAUAAAUUUGGAUAAUACGAAUAGCUCUUUGUGUAUUCCUGAAUGUAAAAACUGUAAUGGUAUUUGUGUAGCUCCUGAAAAUUGUAUAGAUAAAUCAGCCACCACGACUGAAUCAUUUUUGUCUUCUGAUUUAUCUUCUAUUGAUUUUCAAGAUAGUACAAUGAACAUGACGGAGACAAAUGAUUAUGCAGAAAUCAAUUAUGAAAAUAAAGAAGUAACCGUGUCAACUAUCAAUGACGCUAGUCAUAUUAAUACUGACGCGAUUCAUCAAAAAGAUAGCAUUUGGUCAAAUUAUUGGAUUUAUAUUGCUAUAACAGUAGUUGCCGUAAUACUGAUGGCUUUCGUCCUUCUUGUUGUGAAAAGAAAAGCAGUGGCUCGCAUGUAUCACGGAGGUAGUUAUAUUGUUGAAGGAGAAAGAGAGAGUGACGCAUGUCAUUCUUUACAGAGAGAUAUGAGUUAUUCGAAAAUGAUGCACAAGGAACAACAUUAAAGAUCUCAUAAUUGUUUAAAAAAAAUCUAGCUAAGGAAUUUUGGACAGAAAUUUAUAUAGACAGUCUUUACAAAUAUGGAUGCUGGUUACCAGAAAACGACCGCUGGUUCCGAAAGUAACAUUUCAGAAUCGGAGAAACUCACCGGUUUAUAGUUUACUUUCAUUGAUUUUUGACAACUCAUAUUUUGUUUUAUUUCCAUAUAUUUUUUUAUAGAAUAGGUAGGCAGACGUUAAUAUGGGCCUCAUGGUGGUAAGUCAAGUGGUCACCAGCGCCCAUAAACAUUGGCAUUGUAAGAAAUGUUAACAAUCGCUUACAUCGCCAAUGCGCCACUAAUCUUGGGAACUAAGAUGUUAUGUCCCUUGUGUCUGUAAUUACACUGGCUCACUCACCCAUCAAACCGGAACACAACAAUACUAAGUACUGCUGUUUUGCGGUAGAAUAUCUGAUGAGUGGGUGAUACUAACCCAGACGAACGCGAGUUCGUCAGAAGUUGUUUGCACCAGUAAAAUUCUGUAUGCAUAUUAAAUAUAUCAAAUGUUGUUAUUAAAGUUACAUUUGAUUAAAGCAUUUCGUUGGUUAA